GUGUGGAGAUUUCCAUUCUCCUUAUCAUUCAUAAAAGUAUGCUUCAUCUGCUUCUAUUCGUAAAGUCUCAUUCUAUGCAGAACUAACGAGCACGACUAUAGUGCUGACUAUGCAGCGUACAGAUAUUCGAACUACACAAGAGAAACCAACAUUAGGAUACGUUAAAAGAAAUAACAUGUAUCGAGAAGUCGUAUUAAGGGGAUUGUUACGGUUCAUCAAACAAAAAAAGAAACCAUUUCUUUUCACCAUCGUCAUGAUGAUUCUACUGUUCUGUAUUCUGAGGUACACUAACUUUCAGAGCCCGCAGCCAUUAAAUCAUAUAGAAUAUAUAGAUAAUUUUGAUAAACCAGUCAACAAAGACCAAGCACAUAUCUUAAGAUGGGUUAACAAGAAAUGGAAAAGACUUUCGAACUAUUGUGGCGGCAAUUAUAAGUUUUUGAAGGCCACCCUUAAAGGCCCCUCUGGUGAAACCCCUAUCUUCGUUCACGAAUUGACUGACGACGCGUCAGUAUCGGGAACGCUUUUUAGGAAUGGGAUGUGGGAUCCGGACAAUGUUAAUUUAGUUCAUAAAUACCUGCUUGAAAAUCCGGAAAUGGCGCUAAUAGAUCUUGGCGCGCAUGUCGGAACAUUUUCUUUAAUGGCUGCCAAGCUAGGUCGACAAGUACUGUCUGUGGAUCCCUUACGUGAAAACAUUUUGAGAUUAUGCAAGUCCAUCGAAGCUGGUGGGUUAACUGACAAAAUAACCGUGUUUUUCACGGCUUUGUCCAAUACCUACAGUCAAUUUACAUUUCAACGGGACCAUGCCAAUAUAGGAGGAACUCGACUAUCAGACAAAAAGGUGUCCAUUGCUAUAAAUGAAUCUGUUAUUGACUCAGGUGUGAUAAAUACAGUUCAUUUAGAUGACCUGCUGCCAUUAGUAAAUUUUAAAAGAGCCUUUUUGAAAAUAGAUGUAGAAGAACAUGAAUUACAAGUAUUAGAAGCCGGAAUCCAUUUUCUCGAUACCGUUGAUGUACCGUAUAUUUUAAUGGAGUGGUUUUGGCAUAAGAAGUUAUUGGGUCAGUUCGGGCAGGGUAUAAUAGAAUUCAUGACGGUCCGAGACUAUAAACCCUACACCCCAUUAAUCAGCGAGGAAACCCUUUUACGAUUAGAGGACUAUAGACACUGGCCUAUUGAUGUUUUGUGGAAAAAGACAUCUUGAAUUGACUGACUUCCAUAAAUUUACAUUUAAAUAAUUACCGCCAAUAAUAACUUGUUUCGAUAAAAUUCCAGCCAUCAACUUCAAAGGAAAGAGAGAGAGAGAAAUGGGGUUUAACAUAUGUUUCUAUUUUAUUUCAAUAAUUUGCUUGCGCGUACGGGUCUUUAGCAGUGGGAGGAAACCGGAGGACCUGGAGAAAACCCACAAGGUUGGACAGGCGACCCUACUCCUGGUCACGUACAACCGGAGAGUCGAAACCACAGUUGACUCAAUGACAGACCUUACGAUACAGCAUGCACGAACUUUAAAUGAGGCCAGUCUCUCACACAAUAUCAUCCACAGUCUUUGACAUUGCAAACACGACUUAUUGGUCAAUUUAAAUCAAUAUUAAUGUUGUUAUUUUGCCGUGCAACGAUGGCCUUCUGAUAUCAAAUAUUUAAGACAAAAUAAAAAAAUUCAAAAUUGCCACUAAAAUCGUCUGCCAGAAUGCGUUCCAGUGCCAUCUGUAAUCAAUUAGAUGAUAUUGGGUGAUUUUAAAUGAUUUUUUACGAUUUUUUAAACAUAUAUUUGAUAUUAAAUUAAUGUGAAUGAAAUAAGCGGUAAAUACACAAGAUUAAAACAUACUCAGGUUAUAGUGCAACUAGUUUAAUUUAUUUUAGUCAAAGUAUUUUUAUGUUUAUUUAUCUUUAUAAAUUUCGAUGUUAGGCUAAUAAUUUUUUUUGUUUUUUUUAUUACAAUUUUUUUAUUUCCUUGGUAACAAAAAUUUUGCCUUGUAAUUGAUUUAAAUUUUUUACUCUUCUUAACUAGUAUAAUUAAAAUUAGAGAUCGUUUUGUAAAGGAAUGGGAUUUGGACAUAAUUAUUAAGUUAUUCUGUAACAUGUAGCAUUUCUUAUUUGUAUAGUUCGGUGGGCAAUGCCAGUAUUUAGUAUUUUAUCAUCUAUUUUAUGUAUAAUUUUGGCUUGUCUCUCUAAUGUUGCUUAUUAUUAAAAAAAUCUUACAUGCUUAUAUAAUUAUUAACUACUAUAUAUACUGUACAUUUUCAUCCAUUUCAUUAUAUUUAUAAUAUUUAUGUUACUGCCAUUUUAACUAUGUUUAUACACCCAUUUGCAUUAAUAUAGGAGAGGGGUUUUAUAUAGGCUAAGCCUGUUCCCCAAUCCCUUUCAGAAAACCUGAAUAAAAAUAUUGUUUAUAAAAAAAACAAAAUGCCAGGGGAGAAUUUUGCGUUUCCAUUACUUAUCUGUAGGACCGCAGUGUUUGUCAUAUCUGAGCAACUGAACUCACGGCAAUCCCAGACAAUGAGGCAUCAAGUUUGAAUCAGAAGGUUUUUCCCUGGGAUUUGAACCCUGGGACAUAACAAAAUAAGCAUUACAAAAGUCCCCAUUCUCCCCCCCACCAAAAUAUUUUUUACACCCAUCCCAAAAUCUAUAAACCAGAAUAAAUGGGUUAGUCAGUAACCACCUUAUUCAAGAGUGUCUACAUGGGGGUUGGAUGGCCAAAUGGCCGAAUGAUUAGCACAUGCGUGCUGUAUCAUACGGCCUGUCAUUGAGUCAAUUGGCGUAGUUUUGAAUCCCCGGUUGAACGUGAGAAGGAGUUUGGUCGCCUGUCCAAUCUCGUGGGUUUUCUCCGGGUUCUCCGGUUUCCUCCCACUGCUAAAGACCCCUACGCACAAGCAAAUUAUUGAAAUAAAAUUGAACCGCAUGUUAGUCCCGAAAUGACCUAGUUUGUGUCGAGUGGACAUUAAACCCCAUUUCUCUUUCUCUCUCUCAAGAGUGUCCACAAGCUUGAUUUUAUAUUACAUCUUUAGCUCCAUUUUUUAUGGGGUGAGGUGGGGGUAGGACACA